AUGGCCUCAGCAGCCAGUUCAAAGGAUGCCCCCAGUGCAGUGGUGGAGAACAGCCUCAAGACCCUGCUCUUUGGCUCGUCCACUUCCCAAUCCUGUGCCCCCAACCAGGAAGCCCCACAGCCAGCAAGCUACCAGGGCGAGCUGCAGGGAAGUGUCAUUGUUGUUUGCUCUUCCACCCCUUUAACUCCAUCAACACCCCCCAUAACUGACAAGCUUGCAUUCUUUGCUCGUGUUGCUCCUGCGGUCGUGGAUCUUGAUGAGUGGAAGGCUAUGUUUCUCUUGCAAACUCCCAGCUACUCACCGGCGUCACGAACAACUCUGAUGGAGAACCAUAUUAUGUCAGAGCAGGACCUCUCGUUUGAUGGUGGUUUGAUCCGGAGUGGCGACUCGUUGUAUACUGUGCAUGCCACAACAGAGGAGCGUCGUGUCAUGCUGAUUGAGGGGCAAGAAUGCACGAACAUUUCUCAUACUGCUGUUUCUUCCGAUAACACAGGGAAUACACGAGUCGCGCGAGAUAUUCUCUCGGAUGAGGUGCCACUCCUCCUCAACCUUCUAGAUCCAGCACAUCAUCUUAACAACACAUGGAAGGAUAUCGCAAACCUGCCCUAUUUCAAAGAGACCGUCGUAUCUGAUGCAAGUGUCCAACUGCAGAAAGCCAAUCAUAUAUUUCUCAAUGAGAACGCGUGCCUCCACUUCAAGAUUCUACUGGUGCAAUUCAUCGAAGUCGGAAGCAGCAUUGCGUGGGCAAUCGAGUGCCUGGAAGCCAAGUCUGCAACUCCUGCCAAUGUCUACUUGUACUGGCUCGUCAUCCUCGCAUCUAUGAAGCAGGCUCUCAAAGGUUCCUUCCUGCCCGACGACGUGAAAGGAGAGAUCCAUGGUAUCAUGAAUGCACAAUGGCGCGAGUUCUUUGUCAAAGGUCCUACCAAUGCCCAUCUGGUAGCUUUCUAUCUGAAUCCAAGUUAUGCUCGCUCGUCAAUCUUCAAACGCCCCAACCCACUUGCAUUCAACAUUAUCCUUCUGGGACAAGGGAUGCCACAGGUUCCACCUGGUAUCAACAACCUGAGAACAUUCCUGCAGGUCGGCGACUAUCUCUUCCACCUCCUCACAAUUGAGAUCCAGAAAGGCACCGACCCGUUCCUGACAGCCUGGAAGGGAAAAGCAUGUCAGUUUGACGUCGCCUUUAGAGCCCAAUUCACAGCAUAUGCCCAGGGUGCUCACCCAUUCACAACACCUUUGGGUUUCGGGGAAAACCCAUACAACUGGUGGCAAGCCUUCGUUGGCACCUCGAACGGCGGGAUUCUUGCGGCUAUAGCGGUGAAAUUAUACGCUGCUGUUCCACAUUCAAUGGCUGAUGAACGCACCAUGUCAUCAAUAACUCUCCUGAACACAGCUCAGCACAAUCACCAGCAGGUGCCAACUGUAAUUGCAAUGGCUCAGAUAAACGGAUAUUAUAAAGGAGAGAAACCGAGGAAGCUUCGGAAGUCCUCACGUCCUAAUCCUCUCCUCAAAUUCUUCGACAUCAAUCGCCUACUUCGCAGUAUCGAGAAUGACAAUGAUGAUGGGAAAGCUGCAUCCGAUUACGAUGAAUCUGAAGAUGAGGAAGAUGUUGUAUUGAGAGGCAAGGACAAAGACCCGAACACACCGUUACGCCCACCACCCUCUUCUGACUCGUUACUUUUUGAUUCGUCCGACGAUGAGAUUGAGAUGGAGUCAGAGGAGCUGGAGGAGAUCCUUGCUGAUGCACCAGCUUUCAGGAGGAUAAAGAAGGACAGAUUCGCGCCUGUGGUUGAGGAGGUGGUUGAGGAUGGAGGCGAAUUCAAGCUCAGCCCGUGGGUACAGGGCGUUGGGAAGUAG